GCACCCGCCAUGGACGAGAGCCCGCUCGCCUCCAAGGACUUCUUGGUGGAGAGUGUCCUCGACCACUUGGAGACCGAAGAGCUGUUCGCAUGCGCCGAGGUCAACCGGCUGUGGCAGUCGGUCGCCCUGUCCUUGCUGCGCCGAAAGCUGGUCUCCGUCUCCGUCUGCUGCGCGCCGGACAGGGAGCGCGCCGUCCCCGUCUCUGCGCUGGGCAGCUCGCACGUGUGCGUGGACAUCUUCUGCUCCAAGUUCGCUCGCUACCGAAACAUCGCGCGCCUGGCGGGACUGCGGCCGUCGUUGGUGUUUCUAGCCUAUCACGCCGACCUGAACGAAGACAAGCGAGCUGUGGGGCGCCUGCGCGAGUUCUUGCCUCCAGACUCCGUCAUCGUGUAUUUCAAGCUCGAGCUCGUCCGAACCAUCUACGACACAGAUGACGUCAUCCACGAGGGCAUCUUCGGCGAGUUUCUGUUCCAAGCAGAGGAAGAACUGCCCGCAGAGACCGAUGAACAGAUGCGCCAACAACCGCCGGAUGGUGCCGUUCUCGGCCGCGAGCGGUGGCGGCGACCACGUGUCGAGGACGCGCAGACGGCGCCGUCGCUGGACGUUGCAGCCGCCCUGCCCGGUCCGUCCACCUCGGCGGCCCAUCCUCAGUUUCCGUGGGCCCGCCGACACCGUCUAUCGUCGGUGGUGGGAGGCGAGGGUGGCGCCGUGUUCCGCAACGUGCUUCCCGGCGUCCUCGUAUUCAAGUCGCUGCGCGUCACGGAGGCCAACAUCGAGGGCAACGCGGUGACGUCGUACUUCGUGGAGGAGGCCACCAGAAGGACCGUGCAGAUAACGUCUGCUGCCGUCUUCGGCGCCAUGUCGAGCAGCCAACUGGACCCCUUCAUGCGGCGGCUGAGCGAUCAGUUCGGCUCCACCGGCAACACCAUCGCGGUGGUGUUUCCUCGAAACCAGGACGAGGCGCUCGGAGAGCUGGAGGCCUUCGAACGAUGUUUCCCGUCGGUGCCGGCGUUGGCAAAUCAGGCCACUGAGUUCAACGUGGAUGGUCCGUACGCGCCGAUGGGCAGGCUCAAGCUCGUACUGCUGCUCAUCAAGCUGCUCGACUGA